AUGAUAAUAAUAUCACACCAUAAUCAUUCAAUACUACGUCACUCCAUCUCAAACUAUGAUCAUCAUAAAAUUACAAUCAAACUUCUACACUACCAGGAAAUUCUUAAUUUACCACGAGUGGUUGGCACAACUGAUGGCACUCACAUCCCAAUAAAAAAACCAAAGGAUUGCAAUUUUCAUAUUACAAUUGCAAAGCAUACCCUUUCAGACAUGGCUAAUGACUGCAUACAAAGAAAAUGGUCACUUAACAAGAAAGAAAAAAAAAACAAUUAUGCACUUUCAGUUACAAGAUCCUCAACUGAACAUACUUUUACAUUUCUCAAAGGACGAUUCAGGAGGUGGAAAUAUUUGGAUAUGAAAAGAACAGAUUUUGCCCCAGUCUGCAUUUUGGCCUUUUAUGUACUACAUAUGACUGGUCAAUGAAUGUGAUGUAGAUGUUUACAUAAAUCAAGAAAGCAGCUGGGAAACAGCUCCUCAUCAAGAAUCACCAUAUUCUAGCCACAACAGAACAGCGGCAGUUAUAAAGUGUGACCACAUUUAAAAUGUUUUAAUGAAUUAGAGUUACGAAAUUGAACAUUUUUUUCAUUCAGUAAUCAUUUUGUGUAUUU